ACGCUGAAGGCCUAAUAAGUCACCAAGAGCUGGGACAACAGUACGACUUCAGACGAAGACGCUACGAUAAUCAACCCGAUCGGUUUCGCUUAUACCCUACCGAAUAUCACGUCGAUCCAAGAUGUCGUCUGCGUUAGAUACUAUCGGAUCUUUCGUAGAAGGCGCACCGCCUGGCGAGUUAGCCGACGUAAUAAAUGAUAUCAAAACCUUAACAAACGAGUCCGACAUCGUCUCCAAGCUGGGUCCUGCAUUCGAGAAGUACAAUGAGGAACAGUUCGUCACAGCGAAGCUCCCCGGCAGCAGCCAGCAAGUCAUCAUCAGCUCGCAUAGCUCCUUAGGCGGUGGGCGAUACUUCGACGUUGAGAGUUCCUCUAGCUUUGCGUUCGAUCACGCUACUCAAAAGGCGAGCGGAGUGCAAAGCUAUGCGUUGGAGGGUGCCCAGGCAGACUUGGUGAAGUCUACGUUAAAGAGCCUAUCUACAUACGUUAAAGAACAUUUUCCCAACGCUUCCUACGGCGCAUACCCUAUCGAGGACGACUCUAAAGUGGCAGUUAUAAUCGUGGCCAACAAGUACAGCCCGAAUAACUUCUGGAACGGACGAUGGCGAUCCCUCUACAUUUUCGACCCCUCAUCGAGCAGCCUCGAAGGUAGCAUCAAGGUUGACGUACACUACUAUGAAGAUGGAAACGUGCGAUUAUUAACCAACAAGCCCGUCGCGGGAUCAGUCUCCUCCGGCACAGGCGCAGGAAUCGCGAAGGAAAUCGCCGCGGCCGAGAAGAAGUACCAAGAGGAACUAAACCGAGGGUUCACAAAUCUAAGCGAGGGCGCAUUCAAGGGGCUACGAAGACAACUCCCAGUUACACGGCAGAAGAUCGAAUGGGAUAAGGUAGCCAGCUACAGAGUGGGUCAGGACAUCGGUGGUGGCGCCUCCAGGAGAUAGUGCUAAAUGGUCGCGUUCAAAAUCGUUUCGUCUAGAUGUUUGGUCAGCCUUCGUGUUUUAGCCUAGCAGAGAUGAGUAAAACGGGGAGUUUAUUCUCAGAACUAUUACAGACACAUUUAAACUGAGU